CGAGGCUCUCUGUGCGCGAGCAGAGAGAAAUCAAGAAUAUUCCUUGUGCGGCGCGUCAUCAGUUCUUGAGCUAAACCUAGGACCAACAUGUCGCACAAAGAGGGCGGUCCUCCAGCAGCAGGAUUUAAAUCGCAGGGACAUGGAGCAACGUCGGGCCAUCCAACAGGAGAUCACGAUGCCGCGAACCAUCCUCCCCAAAGUGAGACUUACUUCAACACCUGCGUCACGAUCACGGGCAUUCUGCUCAUGAUCUUGGUGAUAGCGAUGGUGAUCGUGCUGCUGAAGUGCUUCAGUGGUUCAGAUAAAAGCGAGUGCAGACACUCUCUCCUCGGCCCUUACAGCCCGUACGGCAAUGGGACGCAAACAUGCGACUACGAGGAAUGCAGAACUUUCGUGCUAUCAUUACGGGAGAGUCUAGCGGAAUAUCUGGAACCAUGCGACGACUUCUACGAAUAUGUAUGUGGUGGCUGGAUGAAGAAAGCGAAGGUUUCCCCGGACGAGGUCUUGCAGUCGAUCAUGUCGGAAACGCACCACAAGGUCGAGGACGAAAUAGGCGAGAUCUUGAACAACACCGUAAUCUCGUACCGCGAUCAGACUGCAAUGCAGAAAGCGGCCGCCCUGUACCAAGGCUGCAUCAACGUCGAUUUACGUAACAGCAAGGGCACAAAGCCCCUGGAAGACCUGCUCAAGCAUUUCGAUAUCCCACACUGGCCAAUAUUGAAUCGCACGGCGCAAUUCCGCACUUUCUAUCUCUUGGGCAACAUCAUUCGAGAGGUCGGCCUAGACGCCAUAAUGUCUGUCAGAGUCGGCAUGGACUACCACAACAGUGACCGCUACAUCGUCUAUGUGGGCCAACCGUCAUUUGGCGUAGAGCCCAUGGUUUUGCACGGUCGUUUCCGGUCACCAUUCUUCAGGAUUUUGCAUCGGUACAAGCUGUACAUUUACCGUUGCGCUCUUCUGCUCGGGGCCAACGUGGCCGCCGCGGACGUGGUUAACAGAAUCGUGGGCUUUGAGACCAGACUAUCAGCUAUCGCCGAACCUGCAGAUACGGUGAAUAAUCCCAGACGUAUCUACAACCUCAUGUCGCUGAGAACACUGGAGGGCGCCAUACCCGAGAUCCGAUGGACGUACUUCCUCAAUAUCAUCCUGAAAGACGUGGGUGUAUCUUUGGAUCUUGAUGACCACAUUGUGGUCAUGCACCCUCUGUACCUAAAACGGCUCUCCAGGUUGCUCAAAGAAACCCCCAGCACUGCCGUUGCCAACUACCUGGGCUGGCGUAUAGUGCAGACGAUGGGAAUACACGCCCUGGACAGGUUCCGCCGCAGCCGUUUCCGAUUCGAUCGGUACCGGUACCUCCUGCAGGACAUCACUGAACUGCCACGGGAGUGCGUGCGCAUGACGAUGCAGCUGAUGUACUUUGCUGUAGGACGUCUGUACUUUGAUCGACACAUCACGAAGCCAGCCGAACGUUAUCGCAAGGUGUAUGACCUAGCUGAAGAGGUGCGAGACGCGUUUGCAGUCCUCAUAGAACUUAAUACCUGGAUGGAUCCAGAAACAAAGGACAGAGCUCGACAAAAGUUACAUCACAUGCAACUGAACAUCGGCUUUCCACAGUGGGUCAGGAGCGACCGUGACUUGGAUGACUAUUACAAAGACCUACCAGACUUGAGGAAAGAAGAGUAUUUUGUCAGUCUCUUGAAAACGAAGAAAGUGCACCAGCAGAUAAUGUUUUCGAAGUUAAGACGCUACAAAAGGGCACAGGAUUUCGGGUGGUACCCUGAAUACUCUGAAUGGGGAAUGCGGUACAGCCAUCUCGGCAACUACCUGCUCUUGCCAGUGGAGUACCUGCAGUUUCCAUUUUUCCUGAUGGCCAUUGCACCACCCAUAAACUUCGGAGUGCUUGGCUCUAUUAUCGGCCAGUACAUGACCUACGGCUUCGGACAACAAGGCGCGCUUUAUGACGACCGUGGCAAGCUGGUUGAAUGGUGGACGAGAGAUUCACAUCGAAAAUUUGCAGCCAGUGCCAACUGCUUGGCCGCUCAAUAUGACCAGUUCAGCAAUCCCAUCACAGGGAAAAGGCUGAACGUAAACGCUACCUUGGAGACAAACAUAGCUGACAAUGCUGGUUUAAGACUGGCCUACAAGGCGUACAAGGUUUACAUGACAAGGUACGAAGAACGGUACGGUGCUUAUUCGAUUCCAAGCACGGAGCCCUGGAACUUGGAGCAGAUAUUUUUUAUCUCGUACGCCAUGACAAGGUGCGAAGUGUCGCGCAAGCGAUCUAUGUACCACUACUUGAGACCUCGUGAAGACAUUCCUAAUCGAUUCAGGACGAUUAUUCCACUGAUGAACUUUGAGCGUUUUGCUGCGGCAUUCAGCUGUCCCGUGGGAGGCAUCAUGAACCCGGAGCAGAAGUGCGUAGUCUGGUAGAUCGCACAAGGACCACAGGUUCUUGGACCCCGCAAUAAAUAUUGUGAA